AUGAUGUCCUAUGGAGAGAGACUGGGGGGACCAGCUGUCUCCCCACUUCCAGUCCGUGGGAGACAUGUGGUGCACGGGGCAGCCUUUGCUUAUGUGCCCAGUCCACAGGUCCUGCAUAGGAUUCCAGGGACGCCCACCUACACCUUCUCCAGCCUGAGCCCGGUGACCCUCACAGAGCACAGCUGUCCCUAUGGGGAGGUCCUGGAGUGCCAUGAGCCGUUACCUGCCAAGCUGGCCCAGGAAGAGGAGCAAAAGCCAGAGCCCAGGCUGCUCCAAAAGCUUGCCCAGGUUGGCACGAAGCUCCUAAAGGUGCCCCUCAUGCUGGCUUUCCUUUACUUCUUUGUCUGUUCUCUGGACGUGCUCAGCUCUGCCUUCCAGCUGGCUGGAGGGAAGGUGGCCGGUGACAUCUUCAAGGACAAUGCCAUCCUGUCCAACCCAGUGGCGGGGCUGGUGGUGGGGAUUCUGGUGACUGUGCUGGUACAGAGCUCCAGUACCUCCACCUCCAUCAUCGUCAGCAUGGUGUCCUCUGGUUUGCUGGAGGUGAGCUCUGCCAUCCCAAUCAUCAUGGGCUCCAACAUCGGCACCUCCGUCACCAACACCAUCGUGGCGCUGAUGCAGGCGGGGGACAGGACUGACUUCAGGCGGGCCUUUGCAGGGGCCACGGUGCACGACUGUUUUAACUGGCUGUCCGUCCUGGCCCUGCUGCCGCUGGAGGCCGCCACAGGCUGCCUGCACCGUCUCACUGCGCUUGUGGUUGCCUCCUUCAACAUCCGCGGUGGCCGCGAUGCCCCUGACCUUCUCAAGGUCAUCACAGAACCCUUCACAAGGCUCAUCAUUCAGCUGGACAAGUCUGUGAUCACCAGCAUUGCUGUGGGGGACGAGUCCCUGAGGAAUCACAGUCUCAUCCGGAUUUGGUGCUACCCAGACCCAACAGAGGCUUCCACUUCUGUGUCCAGGGCAGAGGCCAACGCCAGCCUUGCAAAUACCACCAGGGAGAAAUGCAACCAUAUCUUUGUGGACACGGGGCUGCCAGACUUGGCUGUGGGGCUCAUCCUGCUGGCUGGCUCCCUGCUGGUUCUGUGCAGUUGUCUCAUCCUCCUUGUCAAGAUGCUCAACUCUCUGCUCAAGGGCCAAGUGGCCAACAUCAUCCAGAAGGUCAUUAACACAGACUUUCCAGCCCCCUUCACCUGGGUCACAGGCUACUUUGCCAUGGUCGUGGGUGCCAGCAUGACCUUCAUUGUCCAGAGCAGUUCUGUGUUCACGUCAGCCAUGACCCCACUCAUCGGCCUGGGAGUCAUCAGCAUCGAGCGGGCCUACCCGCUCACACUGGGCUCCAACAUCGGCACCACCACCACAGCCAUUCUGGCAGCCCUGGCCAGCCCCAGGGAGAAGCUGCCCAGCUCCUUUCAGAUCGCCCUCUGCCACUUCUUCUUUAACAUCUUGGGCAUCCUGCUGUGGUACCCGCUGCCCUGCACGCGCCUGCCCAUCCGCAUGGCCAAGGCGCUGGGCAAACGCACCGCCAAGUACCGCUGGUUCGCCGUCCUCUACCUCCUCGUGUGCUUCCUGCUUUUGCCCUCCCUGGUGUUUGGCAUUUCCAUGGCGGGCUGGCAGGCUAUGGUCGGCGUGGGCGCGCCCUUCGGCGCCCUGCUGGCCUUCGUGGUGCUCGUUAACGUCCUGCAGAGCCGAAGUCCCGGGCACCUGCCCCGGUGGCUGCGGACCUGGGACUUCCUGCCGCGCUGGAUGCGCUCCCUGCAGCCGCUGGACCGCCUCAUCACACGGGCCACCCUGUGCUGCGCCAGGCCUGAGCCCCGCUCACCCCAGCUUCCCGCCAGAGUCUUCCUGGAGGAGCUCCCGCCCGCCACGCCCUCGCCCCGCCUGGCACUGCCCGCUCACCACCUCGCCACCCGCCUCUAG